AUGCAAAGAACUGAUUCUUUAGUCAAUAAGACAAAUUGUUUAAUGAUAUUUCUAAUGAUUUGCAUCUAUGUUGCUCUUACUCCUCCAUAAAAAGAAACGAAUAAUCAAAGUUUUGAAAUAUUUGAAGUUGAAGUGACUGAAUUAGAAAUUCAAUACUAUUUAGAGAAUGAUAUUGAAUACAAUAAUACAGAUUAAUUUGGUUUAGAAACUGUUUAAAAUUGGUUACCAAUCUAGUCUGAAUUAGCUUAAUUAAAUUUAGCAUUAGAUUAUUUUUCGCGGUUAAAUUUAGACAAACUAAUUAAACAACAUAGUGAAUUUUAGAUAUAAGUAGAUUAAUGUUUAUAAUUGUCAUUAAAUUAAGAUUUUGAAAAUUUUCUUAGUACAUUUAAUUCUACUAUGAAUAAUGAUAGUUCAAUAACAGAUUAUAUGAAUAGUUUAUUAAAUAAAAGAAAUUAAUUACAUGAAAUUUAUUUGGAAAAGAAAAAUGAUUUAGAAAAUCUUAAUAAUGAUGAAAGAAUAUUAAAAUCUUAAAUAAUAGAAUAUCAUAUAAAUGAAUAAGACUCUAAUUAUUUUAAUAAAAAGAUUUCAAAUUUAAAUAAAUUGAAAUAUUUGAUUGAUUAAUCAAAUAAAGAGAUGGAAGAUUUGAAUAAGAAAAUUAACUAUUAAAAAUCACUUGGAGAAGAUGAAGAUUUAAGUGAAUAUUAUAGAAAAGAUUAAGAUUAAGCAAAAAAGUUAAGAUAAUUAUUUAAACCAGCUGGCACAAAAUCAGUAGAAAUACAUAAUGAAAAAUUGUAUGAUCUAGUCUAUGUAUUGGAUUAAAAUAUUAAAUAAUAUCAAAGUCCAACAGAGGUAUAUUUUAAUGGUUUGAACUUUUCUCCAGAAUUAAGAAGAAAUGCUUUAGAUGAACUUUAAUUAUAAUACACAAGGUUGUAGAUUAAAUUAGAAUAGUAGAUUAAGAAUUAAGAAGAUUUAGAAAAAGAAAUUGAUGAACUUGAAAGAAAGAAAAAAGAAAAAGAAAAAAAGUAUGCUGAUGUUUUGAAUAAGUUAGAAAUAGUAAGAAAUUUAUAAAAAGAAUUAGAAAAAGAUUUUGAUUUAGUAAAAUUAUAAAUUGAAGAGAUUACUAAAGAAAUUAAGAAUAUAAUCCCAAAAAAUAUGAGAGAAAAUAACAAUUUUGUAGAUAUUUAAUAUCAUUAUAAAUGUAAUUAUAAUCUUUAUUUAAUUAGAAUAUAUUUAUGAGCAUUUGGAUUAAGAUCAAAAAUGUGUUGAAAAAUGUGUAUAAUAUGAUUCAUUAAAUUAAUAAUUGCAUAUGGGAAGAUAUAAAUAAUCUUUAUAUUUGAUAUAGAGGCACUUUUAGCAAUUGUCAAAACUCUUCAAAGAAUUUACCUUAUGA